AGAGAGUCUCUCGGGAGGCUGGACUAGCCACAAGUUGUGGUGAACCAGGGUAAAAACGGUGUGCCUCUUCCUUGCUCUUUGCUUUACGCUUUUAAUUUUUAUUCCUGCGUCGUUUUUUGUGUCAAACGCUAUUCACCCCCUCUCUAGCGUUGGGACGUUUUUCUAACAAUUGGUAUCAGAGCCUAACUCUCUUCCAGACUUAACCGUUUGAGAGGAAUAAGAUCAUGGGCUCUUCUUCUAGAAAUUUGUACGCAGGCAUUGGCGAAGGGCAAUCCACCUCUAGGCCACCGCUUUUUGAUGGCAAAAACUACUCCUAUUGGAAGGAAUGGAUGAGAAUCUAUAUCCGUUCCACCAACUUCCAAUUGUGGUUGGUCAUAAAAAAUGGCGAGCAAAUCCCAAUGAAGAAAGUGGGAGAAACCACCGUCCCAAAGACCGAGGACGAGUUUGAUGCCGAAGACAUCAAGAAGGUUGAAAACUAUGCAAAGGCCAUCAACAUGCUAUAUUGUGCGGUCAACCCUGACGACUACCGAAAGAUCUCCUGUUGCACAACCGCUAAGGAGAUGUGGGACAAGCUUGAAGUGACGUACGAAGGUACUGAUCAAGUGCGUGAAGCCAAGAUCGAUUUUCUCACCCAAGAAUAUGAAAUGUUCCGAAUGAAGGAAGGUGAGAAAAUCGAUGACAUGUUUGAUUGGUUCUCAAAGAUUAUAAACGAUCUUCAUGCUCUUAAGAAGACAUAUACCAACAAGGAUCUCGUAAGGAAAAUCCUGCGAAGUCUCACCCCCGAAUGGAGAUCAAAAUCCGAUGCAAUCUAUGAAUCCAUUGGAGUCUCCAACGUCACCAUCGACGGGCUAAGAGGUAAUCUUAAAACCUAUGAAUCUACUAUUCUAACCCCGUCUUUGGAUGAACAAAAGAAAAAGGGGAUAGCUCUCAAAGCCACCAAGGAACCGGUGGAAGAGGCUUCUAGCGAUGACGACAACGAAUUUGGACUCGUCAUCAAGAAGUUUCACAAGUUCAUGAAACAGGAAUUUGAGCAGAGGGGAAGGAAGCACGACGGUCCUCCCAAGUGCUAAGGCUGUGGCGAGAUUGGCCACAUCAAGCCAAGGUGUCCGAAAGCCAAGCACGGCAAGGACAAGCCCGGCUUCAAGAAGCAAAGGGCUUACAUCUCCUGGGGUGGCGAUUCCGGCGACGAAUCAACGACCAAGAGGAGGACGAAGCUGCAAAUCUUUGCCUCAUGGCGCACGAAGAUCAAAACGACGACGUCCAAGAGGUAUGUACCAUUUCUUCCGACUCUUAUACUUUUGAAGAAAUGCAAGAAGCGCUU